AUGGAUUACCCUUGGGACAUGUCAGAUAUAUUUGCAGUCUACAAAGACUUGCUGGCCUCCGAUGAGGGCGACAUACUUGUCAAGCUUAAGGAUGGCAAGCAGCUCAAGAUUAUCUCGUUUCUGGUCAAAAAGCGUUCUUCUGUGUUCAAGACCAUGCUGGAGUCUUCAAUGCAGGAAGCUGCAACAGGCGUUGUUGAUCUGUCUACACAAUACAGUCUUGAGGCAUUUCGCGAGUUCAUGGCCUACAUUUACUACAACAAGCCAUAUACCGGUUCCUACUUGCCGGUUUUGUUCGAGAUCUUAUCCAUUGCCGACUACUAUGAGGUCGACGCCUACAGGACCUACAUCAGUGACAGGAUCAUCGCGCUCAUUACGAACGUACCCAUAUGCCUGAUGAUUGCCUCCGAGGCCCUAAAGCAUGGAACUCUCACUGACGAAAUAUACGCCAAGUGUCUGAAGCUCUUGAUGGAGGCCCUUGAGCCGGGGAGAAGUGAAUGCUACGAUAUUCACAGCGGAGACACCCAGGCUUGGUGUUGUUCAGGCCAUUCAACAAAGAACAAGGCGACCUCGAGGACUCUCAAGCCCGGCUUCUACACUAUGAACGGACAGGUAGCAUGCAUAGAUGCCACGAUACGCUACGCUGUUUUCAGUAAGGGAUAUACGGAAAGAUGUUGCAUACAUCGAACGAAGCAAUCAGCGCCUUUGACCAUCGGUGAACUACCAGCAUUCAUUGUGGACGAUGUCAAAUCAGCUAUGACAGACGACGAUAAAUACGAGAGUGAUACGUCAUAUUAA